GUUUGAGUUUAUCAUGUUAUAUGUUCAUUUAUACUAGUUGAUUUGAGAUCGAGUUGAUUCACUGGUAAGUUGCCUUUUCAUGUUUUGAAACUUCCAAACACACUUAAUGGUGCAAUCAUUUCUCAACAGCAGUCUGGGCAUUCCAUGGGAUUUCCCUUCUCACUCUAAUACAGGAACAGAGGCGAAGAGGCCAAGAAAGGAGGAUAUCCUUUCAUCACAGGCAACAACUACAACAUCUGUUAGCCAGAAUGGACAGUCAGGAGGUGGGGGAUUUACUUGAGGAGUGCCUCCGAGCAGCAGCUCAGCAGUCCAUCCAGCCCACUGAGGCAGAAAGGCUGAACAACUGCAGCUGCAAAGACUCACUGUGUGCAGAACUGGCUUCACUCCUGCAGGAGGCCAUGGAGAUGAAGUGGCCCUUCGUGCCAGAGAAGUGGCAGUACAAGCUGGCAGUCUGUGCCGAUGACAAAACCAACCUCAGUGACCUCAUCAGCAAGCAUCUACCUCAGCUACUGGCUGUUCUAAAGGCUUCCAUCAUAGCUCAGGAAGCAUGCACAGCACUGGCAGUGAUCUUCUUAGUGGACCGUUUUCUCUAUUGGACCGAUGAGUCCAGCCGGCUCUUAAAGAUCACUAAGCUGCUCCACAGGUCCCACCCUGACACCGCUGUGGCCCCCCAGCUUGUCAUACGACAGGCCAGGGUCUACCUCAACUCUGGCAAACUGCAGAAGGCAGAAUAUAUCCUGAGCAGUCUGAUUAACAAUAGUGGGGCAACAGGUCGCUGGGUGUACCACUCUGAAAGUGACAGGGCUCUUGUGCAGGCCGUUAGUGUUCAAGUGCGUGGAAUGAUUUUGCAAAAGCUGGGACUGUGGCUAGAGGCUGCAGAGUUAAUCUGGGCUUCUCUGGUCGGCUACUACUCACUUCCUCAACCUGACAAAAAGGGCAUUGGAACUUCUCUCGGCAUACUAGCCAACAUUUUAGUGUCUAUGAAUGGUGAGGACUUCCACGCUUUUAGGACUAGUCCAGAUAUUGAACUGUCCUUACUUGGGGAGGGGAGUCAUCGUCUUCUUUCGGCAGCCCAGGCGGCAAAGAUGGCAGUGGUGUACAGCCAGUACACUUCACUGUAUGUGUUGACCAAUGCGGCAACUCAAGGAACCUGCUUGUUAUCCUACAGUUUUUCAGUGGAGUGCCCUGACACUCAAAGACAGUCUUUCCUCCUGCAAGCUAGAGAGGCAUUUGAAAUCAGCUUGCUCACCAAAGCAGAGGAAGAGCAGGUCACCAGUAAGCAGGAGCUUCACACCUUCCUCAAGGCUGCCUAUUCCCUAACUGUCGCUCACAAAUGGCUUGGUACUCCUCUGGAGGUUGUGGUGCAGGCGACACAAGCUUGUCAGAAAGCUUUAGCCAGUUUCUAUGAUUACUGCCAUGCAGAUAAUCAUGACAAAGACAGCCUCUGUGCAGAGAUCAUGCAUCUGGUCACCCAAGUCAAGCUUCUGUUGAGAGUGGAGCCUUUCCCUAAUUCAGACAAGGGGUCUUUUAUUCCUGACAGCUACAGAAACAUCAAAGACACAUCAGUACAUUUUACUCUGGAAGGUUUCUCUAAGGUGAUGCAGAGAUUCCAGAAGUUUCAUGCAUCAUUGUGCGAGACCACCAACGCAAACUGCAAGCAGACAAAAGACAAGAUCGACGGGGCAAGGCUGUGUAUAACUGCACUGGGGACAACCAUUGGUACGCUCAACACAGAAUGUAGCACUGAGGCAUGCAAAGUAUCAAAAGGUGCACCCAAAGGAGGGGAGCAGCAUCAAAGAGGUUCAGAUUCAACCGCUGUGCAUCCACCUCAAAAGCCAGACCUGUGUACCACUCUAGGAAGCACAGAUAACCUUGGCUCAUCAUGGCAGAAAUUCUCCUUGAGUAGUUCAGGAAUUUCUUGGCCCAGCAGCAGUGACUACACAGGAAGUAGUGCCACUGAAGGUGGAGCAAAUGCCAGGAAUCAGAACUGUCUGAGCACUGAGGCUGAUGAUGAAAACUCAGACAGCAUGCUUCAGUUCACUGAUAAAAACAAAAAGCAAGACUUGCAUGGUCCUAACUCUGCUCUCAGGUCCCAUACAGUCCCAAGAUCCGCAAUACCUGCCACUUCCUCCUCCAGUCAGAAUGAUGAUUUAGAAAAGUUUGAGGUGAUGCAAGCUGGAAUAGAGACACUGGGCACAGAGGAGGAUUGGAUCACUGAUGCCGCAGGUGUGGCACAGGAACCGUCAGUAGCUGAAGGAGGACCACAGUCCUUAUCCCAGCUAACUUUCAGAACAUCCUCCAGCUCCCUCAGUGACAGUUUCAGUUCCCAUUCAUCGUGGGAGAAAAUCUCAGCUGACCUGAACUCCUCCGCAAACAGAAAACCAUCAAAAGCAGGAACUGGGCAAAACAGCAAGUCACCAGAGCCCGAUGGGAGCUUCUUCCUCAUGGAAACGCUUGAUUCUGAAACCAGUGAUUUAGCUCCUGAUCCCACGUACAAAAACCACACAUCUGGUUUGGAAUUAACAGCCUUGUCCAAUCCACAACCUCAGGGGAACUUUAAUGUUGACCCAAAAGCAGACACUGAGAUUGACUCUGUGUCUUUAAAACCUGCUGCCAAGAGCUCUUUAGCAGCCCCACACCCAAACCUUUCCCAGUGUGCCUCCACUGAAACUUCCAUAGAGAGUUCAUUUGAGAUGCUGGAGGAAAGAGAAAGUGAACACCAAUGCAAUGAAGGCUCUUCUACAGAAAAUGUCCCUCAGAGGCAAAACCCCUUGUGCUACAGCUGUGUGAAACACAGUACUGUAGGUAAUGCUGUCCCUAAGAGACAGUAUUUGUUGUCACAGAAAGAUUACCAAGCAUUACUGGCUGGAGUUUGCCAUGAAUGCCUGAUGAAGAGACUGCACAGUGAAGAAACACAGUUCAAACUCAAGGAACACAGAACUGUCUACAGUGCUCUUCAUUUAAAGUUUUCCAAAGCAAACGGACUGUGGACAGCAAGGGAGACCUGUGUUUACAUCGGAGAGCCAAUGGGGAUGCAGGGCAAGCAGAGAACUGCAAUAUGGGUACAGUUUUUACACCAGGAGGAAAGGUUAAGCAGUUAUGUGGGGAAGGAUUACCUGAAGCCAAAGCAGAUCCAGUUUCACCUGAAAGACGUGGAGAGGCAGAUGACAGCCCAGUACUACGUGACUGAAUUCAAUAAGAGCCUCUACGACAGAGACGUCAUGGCUCAGAUCUUCUUCAUUCCCUCAGAGGCACUGCUGAUUUUGAAUGGAAAUGAGAUCGUGGGCUGUGUAUCGGUGGAGCCCUACAUGCUCGGAGAUUUUGUCAAACUGACCAACAACACAGGAAAGAAGGACAAGAGUUUCCAUGCUACAGAAUACGGCCUUGCCUUUGGACACUUCACCUAUCUGUUCUCUGACCACCAGGAAGUUGUUGUAGACCUGCAAGGAUGGGUUACAGCCAAUGGCAAAGGACUGACCUACCUCACUGACCCCCAGAUCCACUCCACCAAGACCCCUAGAGGCCCCUCUAACUUUGCUGCCAGAGGCCUCAGGUACUUCCUGGAAGAGCAACAUGGACCAGAGUGCAAUGGCAUCUGCCAGCUGCUCAAACUACCUCCACUGCUCAGACAGCCACAUGUUCUUCCUCAGGAACUUUGAGAAAAUGUAGAUAUUGAUUGUUUGUGUAUCAGUGUUUGUUUUCCCAAUUAAGUGAAAAAUAAAUGUGUUUAUCUUAUAAAACAUGAGAAACAUGCCUUUGAUGCAAGUUUCUGCAACAUAAUGUAGUCUAGAUGACCCCAGUUACAAACAAUGUUUAGUAUUUUCCAUUGUGUUUUUAAUCUACAACUGAUAUAAAUAACACACACCACCAGAAACUGGACUAAACUGGUUCAAUAAAGAAGCACAGGCCACACAGUCAACACCAGUGGCACUGGAGGGCAAUAACCUUACGUCAGUGACCUCGUCCAUAAAAAUAUGACAGAGACAUUUCACAGUCAUCAUUUGAGAAGACCGGAACAGGGU